CUCCCUUCGCGCUCCGUCUCUGCCUCGUGACUCUCUCUCUCUCUCGAUCUCGAUCUCGAUCUCGAUCUCUUGAUCGCUUAAUUUUCGAUCUUGAGUUAAGAAGCUCGAAUUUGAAACGAGCAUCGCUUUCCGAUCUCAAAAGAUGCCUGUUCUUGAGAGCACUUGUUCAUUGGCUAAACUUGCUCCUCUUGAAGCAGUUUUGUUUGAUAUUGAUGGAACAUUAUGUGAUACAGAUCCUGUCCAUCAUUAUGCUUUCCGAGAAAUGUUACUAGAGAUUGGUUACAACAAUGGGGUCCCUAUAGAUGAAGACUUCUUUGUCAAGAAUAUUGCUGGCGGGCACAAUGAAGACAUUGCCAGCAGACUAUUUCCUGACUGGGAUCAUGAGAAGGCAAUGAAAUUCAUGGAUGAUAAGGAAGAGUAUUUCCGCAAGCUUGCACCAGAGCAGUUGAAAGCGGUAAAUGGUCUCCAUAAAUUGUGUAAAUGGAUUGAGGAUCAUGGUAUAAAGCGUGCAGCAGUCACAAAUGCUCCAAGGCCCAAUGCAGAACUAAUGAUCUCGCUUCUUGGUCUCACGGACUUCUUCCAACUUGUUGUGGUUGGUAGUGAGUGUGAGAGGGCCAAACCCUUUCCAGAUCCGUAUUUGAAGGCUCUUGAAGUCCUCAAUCUCUCCCGGGAGCACACUUUUGUUUUUGAGGAUUCACCCUCAGGGAUAAAAGCUGGCGUGGCAGCUGGAUUGCCUGUGAUUGGCCUACCGACGAGAAAUCCUGAGGAGCUCUUGACAAAUGCCGGAGCCACUUUCCUCAUUAAGGAUUAUGAUGACCCGAAGCUUUGGAGUGCAUUGGAAGAGCUUGAGAAAGCUGCAGCAGCUUAAAGCUAUGGUAGUAGCAUGCUGUUUGGUACAAAUUUUUCAGACAAAAAAGGAAAAACCACAUGCAUAGUAUAUUUAUGCCAGAAAAAACUUUAUUUUGGUUAAUAUGCUUGUACCCAUUUAUUUUGUUUAACAUGAUUGUACUUGCCAGGCUUGGCAAUGAUAUCCAUACUACAGAAAAUGUUGCUCCGAGCGGCAGUUAGAACUCACAAACCACAUACCACCAAUUUGUCGUUGAUUCAAUUUUGUUGCAAUUGCCCCUAGCAAAAGCAGGACUUGCA